UCGUGUGGCCUGCGGAAUGGCGAUGGCGGCCCGAGCACGGGUCUGGGUUGCAGUGUGUGCCUUCCACCCGCCGCCGUUCCUGAGGCAUGGCCGGCCUCUCCUGCAGCCGAGCGCCUGGGUUGGGCUCCCGGGCGCCAGGGCCCUGAGUGUCUCGGCCGAGAAGGCGAUGCUGGAUCGGAUCAUCCGGGUGGAUCACGCCGGGGAGUACGGGGCUAACCGUAUCUAUGCCGGACAGAUGGCCGUGCUGGGCCGCAGCCCCGUGGGGCCUGUCAUCCAGCAAAUGUGGGAUCAAGAAAAGGAACAUCUGGAGAAAUUUAAUGAAUUGAUAGUUGAUCACAGAGUUCGGCCGACGCUUCUAAUGCCUUUCUGGAAUGUUGCAGGAUUCAUGUUGGGUGCUGGAACUGCUCUUUUGGGAAAAGAGGCUGCCAUGGCUUGUACAGUAGCGAUAGAAGAGAGUAUAUCACAGCAUUACAACAAUCAGAUAAGGAUGCUAAUGGAAGAAGACCCAGAAAGGCACAAAGAAUUACUUGAAAUUCUAAAGAAAUUCAGAGAUGAUGAAAUGGAGCAUCAUGACACAGGAUUAGCACAUGAUGCAGAAAUGGCACCUGCAUAUGCGUUAUUGAAGAAUGUUAUACAAGCUGGAUGCAAGGCUGCUAUCUACGCAUCUGAACGCAUUUAAAUACUUUCUUUGUACAAUCAAUCCAUUUUUGCAAUAGAUUACUAAUAUACAGUAAAGUAGGUAAUGUCAUAACUUAUUUGGUUUAUAAUUAUCUUACAAUUUGUUUCAAUUAUGAAAAUAAGUGUUGUUGUGUAUAUGCUUGAGAGUCUAUUUUCCAAUUUCUCUGGCACUUUGUAUUGAACCAGGGGUGUGUAUGAAAUGCACUGACUGCCCAACUAUUGAAGAAUUAUCCAGUUGGGCCUAAAGUGAACACAUGUCUGCUUCAUCAAUACUGCUCAAACUUAGAAUGUGAGCCAAAGUGCUGUGGAGAAAAAAUGUUUGUGGAGAAUGUUACCACUUAAUCAAUCAUAAAGACACUGCCUCUGACCCAUACAGGCCAGAGGGUCCCAUGUUUCUGCUGAAUUAGUUAGUGUAUGCUCUGCAGUGGUUUUAGCACUGUGGUCGAAUUCAGCUGUUGAGUGAGGGAGCUUGAAAUUGGUGUUGCCUUUUCAUUUGCUUUGAGUAGAUGGGUUUGGGAGGGAGCAUGGUGCAUGGUCAGGGAAGCUGACUGCUCUCUCUGUAACCAGGGCAGUAAUGCUGAGGCCCAAGCAGCAGGAAGGGGCAGAAAGCGCUAGAGAAGUUAUCCCAUGGUGGCAGAGGCAUGUUCGGCCUAUAUUGAGUGGAGUCAUCCUUCUCCAAAAGUUGCACAGCAAUGGCAAGGCUGUGACAUGGAAAGACACCAGCCUUACCAUUUUCUGCUUGAACCAGUGAAGCCUCCUUUAGUUGUAUUGCAGCCAUUUCCUCCCAAUUCCCACUGUGUGGAUACAGUGUGCUGGGUCAGAUCUGGCCUGUAACAUUUGACACACUACUGUGCUGCUACAGUUUAACUCUUUUAAUUUGUUUGGUGUUUCUGCUGCUGCUGAAUAAGCUGCAGUAUGGCUAUAGGAAGAGCAUGAGGGAAUAUGAACACAUCAGGAAACCAAUUGCAUGUGCAAGUUUCCUGGCCCCCUCACAGAGCCAUGUUUGAGUGGCUGGGUAGGUCCACUCUGUGUGUGAGAGGAAGAAACAUUGAUCACAGCUCACACAGCUGAUCACUACCUUGCUGUUAUCUCCUCUCCUGUCAAAUAGUCGUUCCAGGCUGACUGCCAUGACUUGCAUGAAGAACAAUCGCUCAGGAGAAGUACUGCACCCCCUUGAAAAUAAUGCUGAAUAAGGAAUUUAAUGUCUGCCAGAGGGAGAAAACGAAAGCUCAUUCCCGAUUACAGUUAAAAUGUUCGAGAUCCAGUACAAAUGGAGCAGCUAGCAAGGUUUUUAUGCAUGUGAAAAUAAAUGCUGAUCCUUCUUUUACAGGUAAUAUUUUACAGUAAAUUAAUAGGGAACAUGUUAAUUUGUGAAAAGUCAUUAAAAUAUGUGACCUGAAA